GUUCUCUGUGGCCACAGCGGCUACGGAGGCGUGAGCGGAAACGCCGCCUUCAUCGGUGGAUACGGCAGUAACGUUGGCAGCGGAUACGGACACCGCGUAGCGGGCGGAUACGGAGGUCACCUCGGAGGGGGAUACGGAAGUCACGUUGGUACCGGAUACGGAAGUCAGGUCGGAAACAGAUACGGAGGUCACCUGGGCGGUGGAUACGGAAGCGGAUACGGCAGUCACCUGAGCAGUGGAUACGGAAGCGGAUACGGAAACUACCUGGACGAUGGAUACGGAAGCGGAUACGGAAGUCACCUGGGCGGUGGGUACGGAAGCGGAUACGGAAGUUACCUGGGCGGCAGAUACGGAAGCGGAUACGGAAGCGGAUACGGAAGCGGAUAUGGAAGCGGAUAUGGAAGUUACCCGAGCGGCGGAUACGGAAGUCGCGUCGUCAGAGGCCUCGCCGUCAGUCGGCCUCGCACAGUGAUCCACGCACCAGCAAGAUCCGCGCGCGCUCACCAGAGCCUCAACGUUGAUAGCUUCGGCAACAUCAUCGAUGCCAGCGGCUAUGGCCUGCAGGCGUUCGCUCCGAGCUUCAUCAACGCCGAGAGCUUCACCUUCGACGGAGCUCUGCAGGACGCAUCCGGCCGCGCCCCAUCCGGAUCCAGAAACGGAAACCGACAGCAGCAGGUUGUCAUCGGCAGCCGAUACCGAUCCGGAUACGCCAGGCAGACGGAGAGCGCGUCGGGCGCGCAGGGCGGAAGCGGAAGUGGCAAGUCCGGCAUCGAGCUGA